CUGGUCUCUUAAACUUCCAAAAAUAGCAACUAGACAAAAAGCCGCCGUCCGUCAGCUAUUUAUUUCAAUCUGUUUUUGAAUAAUAAUACAUUUGGAUUGAUUUAUUCCCUUUUGGCUCGAAUGGCUAAUACAACUUCCCAAGGGCCAACAACACAAAGUCAAGCGAUGGCUGUAGAACAGAAGUUGUUGACGCCGGAAGAGCGUCAAGAAGAGAUUCGAAAACUGGAACAGAAGAAACAGGAGCUUAUACAACAAAUUGUUGUCGUUCAGCAACCUAGCAAAGAUGAGUUGGAAACAGCUGUUGCUGCCCAACGUGCCAUCAUAGAGUCUGCACUGUCUCAGAAAGAACAGAAACGUCUUUUGCAAAGACAAAAGUACCAAAAAAUGGAAGAGACAAAACCAGAAUUCUUGGCUGCAAAGGCUGCGUAUGAGGAGCAAGUGACCCUAUUACGAAAGCUCAGAGAGGAGAGGAAACAGCUCAUGGGCAAGAUACAAGAAACGAGGAAACUAAUGAAUGAUGCCCAGGAUCAGAAUAAGAGUAAUAACAUCUCUACAGGAAAUGCAGCACUUGAUGAGAAACUAAAAAACUUUAAGAAUCUAGAACAGUUAGACAAGCAUAUUUCCAGUCUAGAACGACGACAAGCCACUGAGAGUCUUUCUUUGACGGAAGAAAAGAAGUUGGUAUCGGAAAUCUCGUUGCUGAAGAACAAAGGUCGAGCAUUCUUGGAAAAUAUGCAAAAGUUAGAAGCGGAAAGAAAGUCGAGUCAAGAAGAAAGAAAGAAAGAACUCGAAAAGUUAUUUGAGGAGAAGAAGUCUCUAGAAACCAAAAUCAAUGAAACGAGCAAAGAGCUGGAGAGACUAAAACAGUCGAAAGAUGACAUUCGAACGAAGCAGGAAAUUUCAAUAGCCAAAAUCUCCGAAGAGCUUUCAGAAGUGAAUCUAGAUGAUAUUCAAAAGCGGAUAGACGCCGCAAACGAAGAGAUACGUCGUCUUCGUCAAGAUUUUAACCAAAAGCUCAAUAAGUGGUACAACUAUAAGAAGAGAAGUUCGGAGUUAGAUCGACUGAACCGCCAUCUUCGCUUUCAGUAUCGUCAAUAUCAGCGUGACUUGAAACGAGUCGAAAAGGAAAAGGAAUUGGCAGAAUAUGGGACGCCUGAUCCUUAUGAGGAGGAAAAGGCUAUGUGUGACAAUCUUAUUCAAUAUCUUCAGCGUUUGAGCAAGAUUGACGUGGAUGAAAACAAGAAAACUAAGAAAGAUGUUCAAAAUAUUGAGCUUAAUGGAGCGAAGCUUAUUGGAAAGAACGCCAGUUUCUUUGAGGCCGAACCGAACACGAAUGUCAGUAAAGGCAGAAAAACAAAGAGGAAGGGAGCUGCGAAAGAUUCAACUUUUUCGAAGGCUGUUGAUUCGGAAAAACUUCCGCCACAUAAUAUGGAAUAUUUUUUGGCUUUUCAAAAGUUAAAUGUAGUCCCUCCAGUAUAUGUGAAAGAUAUUCUUGGCACAAUUGAACUGUUAAAGGAAAGGAAGAGUUACUAUGAAAAUGCUCCAGAGAAGGUUGAUUUGGAAGCAACAGAAGAGGAGGAUUUAUCUACUCUAUUGCCAAAGAGCGAUUCUGAUAAUGUCAUCGUAGAAGACAGAGAAGAUUUUCCCGAUGGACUUCCUAUUGUAUCCAAUGGAUAUUCAUAUAGAGCACAACAGGGAUCGAAACCGUCGUUUGCAGAAGUUAUGCAACAUUCAUCUUUAACUGAUUCGGUUGACUGAAUAUGAAUUAUGCAUCCAAUAGUCAAUGCAACUCCACGCCUUACUUUAUUGUCCUGGCGUACUUUUUUUUUCAUCAGUCAUAAUUUUUAAUUUUAAAAGAUCGCUUGUUUUUUUCAUGUCAU